AUGAAGCAACAGGUUGCACAAUUACGAGCGGAGAAUACUGACAUGGUCACAAAGUACAAUCUGGCUUCACGACACUACGCUCAGAUCACGGACGAGAAUCGCGUCCUUCGAUCGCAUGCUAUGGAGCUCAGUCGGCGGUUACAGCGACUACACCACGCGGCAAGUGCUCAGGGUCACACCAUGGGCCAUGACUUCAUGGGUAUGACCCACAUGGAUCCAUCACUGCAGCUUGGCAUGGGAGGGAUACCUUCCGGCGGUGGCAUGCCACAUGGUCAGCAUCCUGCUAUGGCCCACAUGUCUCAGAUGCAACAUCACGUGGCUGGAGCUCAUCCUCCCGCUUUUCAUUACCAGUUUCCAGGCUCCAUGACACCCGAGCUUACACGAUGA